GUGACAUCAACAUAUCAACAUCUGCCUCUCUCGUCCGCCGACAUUCGACAAGCAUUCUUUCCAUACCCGAGCGUUCCGCGCAGAAUCUGACACAUUUUGGACGCAGAGCAGCAUUCACUCAUGGCAGAAGAGCUGCAUCACCAGACAGAGGCGUCUUGGUAGCUGGCUUCAAGCAGGUUCUCGCGGAGCUUACCGCCAAGGAUGCUCCCGCCUGCCGCAGCCCCUCUCUCAAGCGGCGUGUCCCGAAAUGGUGCGCUCAAAUCUAAUGCCUACGCGUCCUAUGAGUCGUUGAUCAAGGACGUCCUCCGCAGACGAUUGCUGCGCAUGUACACGCUGCAGCUCGUAGCGACCCACUUCACUCUCUCCGCUCUGCUGGUCACCUCGUCAUCAGGCCUGAUAUCGUUUCUGAGGCCUACGAUCGUCCUGCUCUCAGUGAUCGUUUAUGUGGCUGCAGUCCUGCCACUCUUCGUGCUGCUGAAAUGGAAUUUGAGCCAGCCGGCAACUCAACCCGCACGUUGGAGCUUUCUUGGCUUUUCGCCGCCAUUUGGCAGUCGAGGAGGAUACGCCAUCGAAGCCCUGCGGUCCUCUAGAACACAGACCAAUCUGGGCGCAUACGUCGUGAGCGGCGCAAUUCUUGCCAUCGGACAUGCAACAGCUCUUUGGCUCUACUCGCCAGAGACCUCCUCUGCCUGGUCGCCCUACAUUAUUGUCAAAGUGGGACCUCGAGGUGGACCAUUCAGCACAGUCACCAGACCGAACGAGCGCAUCUUCGCCUUGGUGAGCCUGAAUGCUAUCUUCGGCUUGGUAUAUGCGAUUACAAGGACUGCUCUGCGGCCACGUCGACCUCUGCCACCCUUUGAGACCUCGCCGUUCCACAUCGGUAUUUCUCAACGCGUCUCGACUGCAGUAAAGCGGCGCCUUCUGCCAGCCUUGUUUCUCGGACUGGCAGCUUCUACCGUAGAGUUCUCCAUCUACCUUUUCAUCAGGCGCCCCUUUUUCCGCGCUGUGCUGCGCCUCGUAGGAGCUCAGUCAUCCUUACGACCGCUGCUUAUUCCUUCGUUCGCCACGCCCUUCCUCAGUCAAAGUCCAGGGCUGGCGACCCAGCUCAGCUCGCUGGCAGCAGCAAGCGCCGUUAUCUGGGAACUCGCAUACGUGCUGUGGGAUACCUACUCCAGUCAGCCCGCGAAUGUCUCCGCCUAUGCAAAGGGUCAGGUCAGAUGCUUGAUAGGAGGCCUCGCAGCGCGACGAGGAAACGUAGGCACUCCUUCUCCAACAGCGGUACAGGAGUACUACUCGUAUUUUGCUUUUGCCGAACUCGCACAUCUGUCCAACGUGGAUGAGGUGUGGAGGAGAGCUCUGUGGAAAGACGUUGGCGACGUACCUAGUGGAGCACUGGCAGAUGGAGUCAAUAAUGCAGCCCUAAUUGCUUCCUUGCCAUUGAGCCGCAAGAGCGCCUGGGCAAACAUUGCGACGGAGUGCUUAUCGGUGCUCGAGUCUGAAAGGGAACUCGUCGUCAGGAGAGGCAAGCCCGUCGCUCCUGCUGGAAGCGCGUCUGCUGUGGUCACAACUCCUAGCGCAAAGCCGCGCAUCUCAUCCACGGGAGCAAAGCAUGACGUGCUGGUGCCGGAUCAGACCGUUGUUCGCGCACCCGCUCCAACUCUGUGGGAGAAAUUGAUUUCAGCAUGCAGUAUCAGUCCGACGGCAUCUUCAACUGCUCCAGCCGCCCCUCCUCGGCCCAGCAACACCUCAGCAGGGUCUUCGACGGCUGUGCAGCCUGCAACAUCGCAAAGUAGGGAUCCGAACUUGAAUCAGCUCAUGCACAGACUCGCACCCUCCGCACCCGCCAGCACGCCAGGAGUCCCGCAAAAGUCGAACAGUGCUCAGGAGCAGACUGCAUCUCCAGCCACGCCCAGCCAGCAAGCGAAUCCACUUGCUGCGGCGUUUGCGUCGGUGAUCAAUACAGCGUUCGCAGCCAGCAGGUCGCUCUUCCGCCUCCUGCCAGCCACGCAGAGGGACCUCAUCCUGGGCUACUUGCCGUCGUCCUCUGCAUGGGAAACAUCGAACGUGGUACUAUUGGAUAGCUUGGUCCCUGCAAGUCCAGCCUUAAGUGCUUGGGCAGCACAUGCAGCUACAUCUCUUCUGUCCUUGAGCGUGACGGAAGACGUUUACGGUAGCGUCAGCCUCGCCGGGGCUUCUCACACCAGAGCUGGUUCGGAAGAAGUCAUUGCUGCGUGCGCAGAGCUCCUCAAAGACUUGGAUCAGUGGCAGCGAGAAGCGGAGGCUGAGGCCGUCGCUGCCGACGAGGCAGCGAAUCGGUCGGAGAAGCGUGCUAGUCAAAAAGCAGGGGCAAGUAGCUCAGCCGAGAGCACCUUGCCGGUAGGCCCUAGCGCGCUUGAUCACGCACAGCAACGAGUGGCUCUUGCCUGGUCGAAGAACGCCGCACCACUCCAACAAACCCUUCGAAAUGGCUUGAGACAGGUCUUGAACACCUACGAAGCUCACGGCGUGACAAUCAGCCCGAAGAUGCGGAGUGCUUUUCACCAAGCGCUAGCCACAUAGCAAAAGUGUGGCUGUUCACGUCAAAGAGAACGGAAUGAGCAUGCAAUAAUCGCAGCGAUUUGAAAUACAGUCUAGUAGGACUUGCGAGGCCGAGUAAGGUGUAGGGAAAUGAAGGUGCAGCGCCGCCAGACAAGCGAGCUGGG